AUGCCAGACAUCGACCCCGCGGCUUUGAGCCGUCCAUCCGUCAGCCUCUCGACUCCUAUUCUAUCCAACAAGACUCUUGCAGGCUCUUUACCUGGUGCGCCAAAGAUCGCAAAGUCCAGCCAAAUCAUUCCCGCCCGAAUCGAUCUGGAACCGCUGUAUACUGCACUCAAAGCCGCUAUUGGCAAUGAGAAAUGGGCAAUAUAUAAGGAAUCAACCAGCGAGUUCCUAAUAGGACGCCUCAAUCAAGCCGAAUACUCGGAGCGAAUAGACCCCAUUCUCGCAGGCCCAGGCGACAAAGACCACUUGCACAAUAACCUCAUCGCUGCGAUCUAUGGAAAUGUCACUCGAGAAAUGCCCGACCAAGGGCUGGCGCCUUGGGUCAGCGCCAACGAUAAGCCUGCAGCGACGACAGGAACCAAGCCAGUAUCAGGCGAUGCUGCAGAGCGGAGGCUGAAGGGAGAUGUUAUGCAAUUGCCAACAAGGGAUCGGCGGCGCAUCAAGGAUCUGGUACAAAAUGAUUGGGAUCCGCACGAGAGCAUAUCGAAUGUGUUUGCAGACAGCCACCGCAAGCCUUCUACAGUCGCAGUUUCAGAUGCCACCCCUACAGUAGGAGGCAUCAACAACAUGAACUUCGAAAUCGAGAUUCGAAAACGACAUGCACAACCAUUGGCAAUCGAAUCUGGCGAAUUUCCCGACAUCAACAUGAUAUCCGGCCGAAUGCUUCCCUCUUGCUACGAGGCAGGACUUGUCAAUGGCCACACUGGCGAUGCUCCUCAGUUCAUGUCUGUGGCUGCGGAAACCUUCAUCAAAGAAGUCCUUACCCAAGUAUUCAGCCGUACGAGGAGCAACGGCCCUGGCGAUACAGGCAGCGCAGGGUUUGGCGUCGGAACAACUUGGAUUCAGACGCACAAGUACAAGCGACAAUUGGAAUACGAAGAAGAAGCUGCGAUGCGAGGUGAGAUCACGCGGGAUAAGGGUGGGCUUUUGCCGAUCGAGUCGCGGGCCGCCAGCGAAAGAGGUCCCCUGGGCAUGUCUGAUCUUCGCCUUUCAUUAGAAAUGGCCGAUUCAGGGAUGGCACAGUUUCCUAUAUUGAUCACCCAGGUUACUCACGGCUAUCGGGAAGGCGAGCUGGAGAACUGGGACGACUACACCUGGGCCCAUGGCCAAGCACCUCAGGGUCAUGCUCACGAGAGGCAUGGCUUGGACGUGAAUGGAGGACAUGUCUAUGAACUGCAAAAUGGACACUCCGACUCUAUGGAUAUCGACACGGAGACCUGGUGGGAAGGCGCAGACAACCAGGACACCGAUAUGCUAGACAACGUCUUGGAUUCAUGCCUUGCUGCGUCCUGA